AUGUAUGUGAACAACAGGACGAAUAACGGUAGAUUUUGCUGCAAAGAUCCUUUUUUUUUCUGGAAAUAUAUAAAGUUGUAACAAUGAGUAAAAUACCAGCGGUACUUGCUCCCCUCGCUCGACUUGGCGUGCUACACUCCGCCACAGUUUAUCGCCGACUUGAGCUGCUAUGUUGGAUCUCAGCAAAUCUCCCAUAGAAAGCAGUAUGAAUCCAUAAAAUUUCUGAACAAUCCUUUUGGCUAUUUCGGCUCUGCUGGCUCCAGGAGCCCCGAUAAUAAGCACGACAGGAACACUUUCAAUCGAUACAUUUGCUGCAUCUAGGGAUGUUCGUCGUGCAUCAGCUCCGGAUUUUGGGAAUAUAGGCGCAGGCUCCGAGAUUGUAGCAUUGAAGGGUUCAGCUGAAUCAUAUAGCGAUUUUGUAACCAGCACAGAUUCUUCCACAGAAAAGUUCGAACGCAGGGAAUCUGUUAUUGUAUCAGUAUUCGGCUCAAUUUCAGUACGGCUGUCUAGUUGAACUCGAUUGCAACAGCUCGGCUUAUGGGAUGUUCUCAUCGCUUCUUCCCCACUGCUUUUUGUCGCUGCAAUCCUAUUAUCUUCUUGAGUGACUGCAUCACAAGCAUGGAACUGUGGUUGAUUUACAGGACUGUUAUUCAGAAUCGGCACGCCGGAACUCAUAGCUUUUUGAACCAAAUCUUUCGUUCUUUCGUAAAUCGUUUGGUCAUCCUUUUCACCGGGUAUCCUACCUCCCAUUUUUCUAUGCCUCUUGUAGUAGCGUAG